UGCGCGCGACUUACUGAAGUGUCGGACGUGCGCGAGAUCUCACGUGCAUGCGGGAGAAAUAACGGUUCACCUCCAUUUGUGUUGGGAAACAGCAGAUGCGUCUCCUGCAGCGUCUUUGGUGAGCUUUAAUGUGACUGUAGCACAUUUUUAUACAGAAAACACGUUCAGUCUGAUGUGUUAAAAACAGCUAAGCAGUUAAAGAGCUUUUUUUUUAGAAAUAAAGAAAUAAAUCUGCACCUUCAGGACAAUAUGAUUGCUGGCAGGUUUGUAGCACGAGGAGUUUUACGACGUUAGAAAACAGUGAAGUAGAGAAGGAUUCUGCAGCAGUCCUGUGGUGUAUCACGUCUUCCUCUGUCUCCGACACCCAAACAGCUGCAAACUGACGCCUUUUAUUUGUUUAUCCACGUGCUCUUUAUAAACACAGCAUGGGGAACGGUUUGUCAACGCUGGGACCGUUCCAGCCGCUGCACGUGGUAAUGCUCGGGCUGGACUCCGCAGGAAAGACCACGGUUCUUUAUCGCCUCAAGUUCAACGAGUUUGUGAACACGGUUCCCACCAUCGGCUUUAACACCGAGCGCAUACGUCUGAACAACGGCGCCGCACGUGGGAUCAGCUGCCACGUGUGGGACGUGGGCGGUCAGGAGAAGCUGCGUCCGCUCUGGAAGUCAUACAGUCGCUGCACGGACGGCAUCGUGUAUGUGGUGGACUCGGUGGACGCAGAGCGGCUGGACGAAGCCAAGGCCGAGCUGCACAAGGUUACACGACUCACAGAGAACCAGGGGGCACCUCUGCUCAUCAUCGCCAACAAGCAGGACCUGCCCGGCUCCCUGCCCGCCGCCGACAUUGAGAAGAGGCUGGCACUGCGAGAACUCGGACCCUCUGCCGCCUUCCACGUGCAGCCCGCAUGCGCCAUCAUCGGGGACGGGCUGCACGAGGGCAUGGACAAGCUGUACGACAUGAUCACCAAACGCAGGAAGGCACUGAAACAGAAGAAAAAACGAUAA